AUGCUAUUAAGCUAAAUUGGGGUAGUUUUCUUCAAUGUGGCAUUUUUAAGUCCAAUAUUGGGAUAGUUCAAAGGAUCCAUCUCAAAGAUUUUAUACAUAUUAAUAGGAGUUCUUGAAAUAUACAUCUAUCUAACAUACAAACCAACCAACUUUUAUGAGGAAUAUAAAAUAACAAGGAAAUUCGAUUAGAGUCAAUUAAGAUAGGCGUACAAGAGAAUUAUGCUUGAUUAUCAUCCUGAUCGUAAUACACAAAUAACAUCAGAAUAAUUUAAUUACUUGAAAAAUAUCAAUGAAAUACUAAAAUAAGAUGAGCCAAGAUAAUAAUAUGAUCAAUUUGGGGUUGUAGUAGAGAGCAAUAUUAAUCCAUUGCCUGCAAUAAUAUAUCGAAUAAAAUUAACAAGAUUAUUCUUUUACAUGAUUUUAUUUUUGAUACAGCUCGUCAAUAGUCAAGAUCAGAAGAGUCAAUAAAAAUUAUUAACAAUUUUAGUUCUGGGUUUAGGAUAUGGGGAUUUUUUCCUAAUGGAAUAACCAUAAUAUUUUUAAAAUUCUCAUUUCUUUGCUUCAUUAGCCUUAUUUGAAUUUUUGAAUAUUUAUAGAAUAGUUGUCACCCUGAUCAUAUCAUGCAUACUAGCAGAAAUUAAAAAUUAGCAAAUAAAAAGAAAUUAAUUACUUGAACUUUUGGAUUAAAGAACUAUUUAAGAAAUAGUUUUAGAACAUAAGGAAUUCCUUAAUACUCAAAAUUCUAUAAGAUAAAAGAUAUUAAAUGGAUUUCUAAUGGUGGCAUUGACUAUAUAUUUAUUUUCUAACUCUGUUGAUUAUCAGGCACUAUUUUUGAAAGCUCUUAAUUACAUAUAAAUGAGAGGAUAGUAGGAUUUGUGA